UCGCCUCCGGGUUCCCGGCAACGUUGAUUGAGCAACGGACAAAAGUGAGCAAUCUUUGGCCAGUCUUCGCCUUCGGGUUCCCAGCAACGUUCUUCGAGCAACGGACAAUGGUAAAUUACCAAAGAUGAAAUGGAUUUGGGCAGACCCUCCUCUGGCUGUCACUCGGGUAAAGCCCUACAUGUGCACUAUGCCACUGAGAAUGGAUGAGGGGUGGAAUCAAAUCCAGUUUAACCUGGCUGAUUUCACCAAGAGAGCAUAUGGUACUAAUUAUGUGGAGACACUGCGAGUUCAGGUCCAUGCAAACUGUCGCCUGAGAAGGAUUUACUUCUCUGACCGCCUCUACUCUGAAGAGGAACUCCCUCCAGAGUUCAAAUUGUACCUUCCAAUGCAGAAAUCAUGAAAAAAUGGGAGUUUGGAGUUGUAGCCUGGAGAAAUUGAUGUGAUUUUAUAUGCGUACUACAUAUAGUUCUACUAGUUGACUUUAUUCUAAACUUUGUAUCUAUGUUGUGCUAGAUUAAUAUUGCUCGUUCAAGUAACAUUAAGUUGUGUAGGGUGUUCUGAUGCUUGUCUCUAAUAUUGGAAGUUGACUUUGAUGAUGA